AUGGGGCUAGAGGCGGAAUCGACUACAACCACCGACACGUUGAGGACCGAGUCGACUCAGUCGGCAACCCGAGCCCCGAGGCUUUUUAUUAAGGAGAUGGUGAUGAAGAAUUUCAAAUCCUACGCUGGAGAACAGCGAGUUGGUCCUUUCCACAAGAGUUUCUCGGCGGUCGUUGGUCCGAAUGGGAGUGGAAAGAGCAAUGUCAUAGAUGCCAUGCUGUUUGUGUUUGGAAAGCGAGCCAAACAGAUGCGUCUAAAUAAAGUGUCAGAGCUCAUUCACAACUCUACCAAUCAUCAGAACCUGGAAAGUGCUGGUGUAUCUGUUUACUUUCAGGAGAUCAUUGAUUUGGAUGAUGGGAAUUAUGAAGCCGUUCAAGGGAGUGAUUUUGUUAUAACUCGUGUUGCAUUUCGAGAUAACUCCUCCAGGUAUUAUAUUAAUGAUCGAGCGAGUAAUUUUACAGAGGUGACCAAGUUGUUGAAAGGGAAAGGUGUUGACUUGGACAAUAACCGGUUUCUGAUUCUUCAGGGUGAAGUAGAGCAAAUAUCACUGAUGAAGCCUAAGGCACACGGACCCCAUGAUGAAGGUUUUCUUGAGUAUCUCGAGGAUAUAAUUGGAACUGACAAAUAUGUAGAGAAGAUUGAUGAAUCUUUUAAACAGCUUGAAGAACUUAAUGAGAAGCGGACUGGAGUGGUUCAAAUGGUCAAGUUAGCUGAGAAAGAAAGAGAUAGUUUGGAGGGCGUGAAGAACGAAGCUGAAGCCUACAUGCUUAAAGAAUUAUCUUUGUUGAAAUGGCAAGAGAAAGCCACAAUGCUAGCUUCUGAAGAUAAUGCUAACAAGAUAGAGGAACUGCAGGCAAAUAUUUCGAGUCUGGAAGAGAAUGUAAAGAAUGAAAGGGAAAAAAUUCAAGACAAUUCCAAAACAUUGAAAGAACUUGAAGGUUUGCACAUGAAGUACAUGAAAAAACAAGAGGAACUAGACAGUGGACUCAGGCGCUGUAAGGAUGAAUUUAAGGAAUUUGAAAGGCAAGAUUUAAAGCAUCGUGAAGAUUUUAAGCAUUUGAAGCAAAAGAUCAAAAAGCUUGAUGACAAACUUGAAAAGGAGUCAGCCAAAAUUAUGGAUCUCAAUAAGGAUUGUGAGGAAUCAACAAACUUGAUUCCACAACUUGAGGAAGACAUUCCAAAACUGCAAAAAGUUUUAGCAAAUGAAGAGAAAAUUUUGGAAGAAAUAAAGGAGAACUCUAAAGCCGAAACUGAGGUUUUACGUGGUGAGCUUGCUGAAGUUCGUGCUGAACUAGAACCAUGGGAAAAGCAGUUAAUCGAUCAUAGGGGGAAACUUGAUGUUGCAUUGGCUGAAAAGAAGCUUCUGAAUCAAAAGCAUCAAGCUGGUCAUGCAGCUUAUGAGGAUGCACAAAAGCAAAUAAGUGAAAUAGAAAAGAAAAUUGAGACAAGGACUUGUAGUUUAACAACUCUUCAAAAUGAGCUAGAGAAGAACAUGCAUGACGCAGCACAAGCUCGUAAGAUGGAGCAAACAUGUGUUGAAGAACAAGAAAGGUUGAUUCCUCUUGAAAAAGCUGCAAGAGAAAAGGUUUCAGAGCUUUCAACUAUUAUGGAUUCUGAAAAGAACCAAGGUUCUGUAUUAAAAGCAAUAAUGGAAGCUAAGCAGUCAAACCAUAUACUUGGAAUUUAUGGGCGAAUGGGAGAUCUAGGAGCUAUUGAUGCGAAGUAUGAUGUCGCCAUAUCAACGGCUUGUUCUGGACUUGAUUACAUUGUUGUGGAAACAACUGCUGCAGCACAAGCAUGUGUGGAGCUGCUUCGUAGUAAAAACCUAGGUGUUGCAACUUUCAUGAUUCUGGAGAAACAAGUUGAUCAUUUACCAAGAUUGAAGGAGAAAGUAACCACUCCAGAAGGAGUUCCACGCCUGUUUGAUUUGAUCAAGGUUCAGGAUGAGAAAAUGAAGCUUUCUUUUUUUGCAGCAUUAGGAAAUACAGUUGUCGCAAAAGAUAUCGAUCAGGCAACUCGUAUUGCUUAUGGUGGAAAGAAGGAAUUCUGGCGUGUUGUGACACUCGAUGGUGCUCUUUUUGAAAAAUCCGGAACUAUGACUGGUGGCGGAAAUAAACCACGUGGUGGUAAGAUGGGGACAUCUAUUCGAGCUGCCAGUGUUUCCAGAGAAGCUGUUGCAGAUGCUGAAAAGGAGCUUUCUACUUUUGUUGAAAGCUUGAGUAAUAUACGAAAAAGAAUUGCUGAUGCAGUGAAGCAUUACGAGGCCUCAGAAAGAGCAAUCUCUCACCUUGAAAUGGAAUUAGCAAAAAGCCAAAAGGAGAUCGACAGUUUACGAUCGCAACUCAGCGAUCUGAGAAAUCAAUUAGAUUCCUUCAAGGCAGCAUCAAAGCCGAAGAAGGAUGAGGUUGAUAGGCUAAAGGAACUUGAAAAUAUCAUUUCUGCUGAAGAGAAAGAAAUAGACAGGCUUAUGCAAGGUUCUAAACAGUUGAAGGAAAAGGCUUCCGGGCUUCAGAACAAAAUAGAGAAUGCUGGUGGUGAAAGACUGAAAAAUCAGAAGUCUAGGGUUAAUAAAAUUCAAUCCGAUGUUGAUAAAAACAGUACUGAGAUUAACCGUCGCAAAGUUCAGAUAGAAACCGGCCGGAAAAUGAUAAAGAAAUUGACGAAGAGUAUUGAAGAGUCAAAGAAGGAGAAAGAAAGACUUUUGGAGGAAAAAGAGAGAAUGCAUUCCACAUUUAAAGAAGUUGAACAGAAGGCUUUUACUGUUCAGGAGAACUAUAAGAAAACACAGGAGUUAAUUGAUCAACACAAAGAUGUUUUGGAUAAAACAAAAGUUGACUACGAGAGACUGAAGAAAAUUGUGGAUGAGCUGCGGGCUUCAGAGGUGGAUGCUGAUUACAAGUUACAGGAUAUGAAGAAGGCCUUUAAAGAGUUAGAAAUUAAGGGGAAAGGAUAUAAAAUAAAAAUUGGUGAACUACAAAUUGCUCUCACAAAGCACCUAGAGCAGAUUCAGAAAGAUUUGGUGGAUCCAGAAAAGAUGCAAGCAACACUGGCAGAUGGAACUCUUGAGGAUACUCAUGACCUUAAGAGGGCUCUUGAAAUGGUGGCACUUCUUGAGGCUCAAUUGAAAGAGAUGAAUCCAAAUCUUGACUCAAUCUCAGAGUACCGAAAGAAAGUAAACUUAUACACUGAGCGAGUUGAAGAUCUUAAUUCAAUCACUCAACAGCGUGAUGAUGUAAAGAAGCAGCAUGAUGAAUUGAGGAAGAGAAGGUUAGACGAGUUCAUGGCCGGUUUCAAUACUAUAUCUUUGAAAUUAAAAGAAAUGUAUCAGAUGAUUACCCUUGGAGGUGAUGCAGAACUUGAGCUAGUGGACUCCUUGGAUCCCUUUUCUGAAGGUGUUGUCUUCAGUGUCCGGCCGCCCAAAAAGAGCUGGAAGAACAUUGCAAAUUUAUCCGGGGGCGAAAAGACUCUUAGCUCGUUAGCUCUCGUCUUUGCCCUGCACCACUAUAAACCUACUCCACUUUACGUGAUGGACGAGAUUGAUGCUGCAUUAGAUUUCAAGAAUGUUUCAAUUGUGGGACACUAUGUGAAAGACCGUACAAAGGAUGCACAAUUCAUAAUCAUAAGCCUUCGGAACAACAUGUUUGAGUUGGCAGAUCGGCUUGUUGGAAUCUACAAAACUGAUAAUUGCACCAAGAGCAUUACCAUCAACCCGGGAAGUUUUGUAGUUUCUGAAAAGGUUUUUUGA